AUGCUCGGAAAGAUUGUCUGCUCGCUGGUCAUUUCUGACUCCCCCGCAGUUCAUCUUGGUAUAGAUGCUUUGCUCAUCAGCGCAUUCCUCGCCGGAGUGAAGCGCACAACUGGUUUAACGCCUGCUCUCUCACAGGUGCCCAACAAGGACGUUCGUGCCUGGCUUAAUUCUUAUUUGGAAUUCGGUGGGUAG